GAUCGCGACGGGAACUGGAGCCCGAGCUCCCUGCGCGGCCCGGGCCUGGCGCCCUGAGGGGAAGAGCGGCCCGGCCCGAGGGCCCUGGGGUGCAGGCAUUGACUCCAGUCCCUGCUCCCACCAUGACGGACGGGAUCCUGGGAAAGGCAGCCACAAUGGAGAUCCCCAUCCAUGGGAACGGUGAAGCUGGACAGCUGCCGGAGGAUGAUGGGCUGGAGCAGGACCUCCAGCAGGUGAUGGUGUCAGGACCCAACCUUAAUGAAACCAGCAUUGUGUCUGGUGGUUAUGGGGGCUCCGGUGAUGGACUCAUCCCCACAGGGUCUGGCCGGCAUCCAUCUCACAAUGCCGCUCCCGCUGGCCCUGGAGACGAGGUGGCUCGGGGCAUCGCUGGAGAGAAGUUUGACAUCGUCAAGAAAUGGGGCAUCAACACAUACAAGUGCACAAAGCAGCUGCUAUCGGAGCGAUUUGGCCGAGGCUCCCGGACUGUGGACCUAGAACUAGAGCUGCAGAUUGAGUUGCUGCGUGAGACGAAGCGCAAGUAUGAGAGUGUCCUGCAGCUGGGCCGGGCACUGACAGCCCACCUCUACAGCCUGCUGCAGACCCAGCAUGCACUGGGUGACGCCUUUGCUGACCUCAGCCAGAAGUCCCCAGAGCUUCAGGAGGAAUUUGGUUACAAUGCAGAGACACAGAAACUGCUGUGCAAGAAUGGGGAGACACUGCUGGGGGCUGUGAACUUCUUUGUCUCUAGCAUCAACACAUUGGUCACCAAGACCAUGGAAGACACACUCAUGACUGUCAAACAGUAUGAGGCUGCCAGGCUGGAAUAUGAUGCCUAUCGAACAGACUUAGAAGAGCUGAGCCUAGGUCCCCGGGAUGCAGGGACACGGGGCCGACUCGAGAGCGCCCAGGCCACCUUCCAGGCCCAUCGGGACAAGUAUGAGAAGCUGCGGGGAGAUGUGGCCAUCAAGCUCAAGUUUCUGGAAGAAAAUAAGAUCAAGGUGAUGCACAAGCAGCUGCUGCUCUUCCACAAUGCCGUGUCCGCCUACUUUGCUGGAAACCAGAAACAGCUGGAGCAGACCCUGCAGCAGUUCAACAUCAAGCUGCGGCCACCAGGAGCUGAGAAGCCCUCCUGGCUAGAGGAGCAGUGAGCUGCUCACAGCCCAACCUGGCUAUCAAGGACACUGGGAGGGGCAGCCCCAGGGUGGGGAAGAUUGGACAUGGGACAUCCCCUGCCACUUGCCCUCUGGCUUGGGCUCCCUCUCCCUGUCUGGUGCCUGACACCAGUUUUGCCCAAGCUGCUGUGGGGAGAGGGCCAGCAGGCCCAGCAGCUGCCACCCUGUUCUGUAUUCUCCUGGCCACUGGGCUCCAUUCCCAGAUCUUUUCCUUCCACUCCACAGCCAAAGGCUAUGACAAGACCACUCCCUGGCCAAUGGCAUCACUCCUCAGGCCUAUACCCAGCUCCUUGGGGUCUGCCUCUUGACCAAUGGCAGACCCUCAAAAGGCCCUGUCAGCCAGUGGCAGCUCUUCUUGGGCUCCCCUGGGCCAAUGAUGUUGCCUCCAAUUUCCUUUGUCCCUCCUCUAUGCGUGCCCAUUGCAGAGAAGGAGACUGGGACCAAAGGGGGUAGGGAUAAUGGGGAGCCCUAUUUCUGGCCCUGCAUCUGAAUGGGCCUUCCCCACCCCCCA